AUGCCUUCGCUGUGGAAACGGAUAACCUUCUCGGUGGCCUCGGUCCUCUGUAUCGGCUCAGUGGUCCUCUUGGUUGUGGCCCUAUCCACGGAGCGGUGGGUCACCGGACGGAUCUUGUGUAAAACAGGGGCGGAGAUAGUGAACGCGUCCCAUCCGGAGCUGGACCAGUUCAUAGGGGAUAUUUACUAUGGCUUGUUCCAGGGGGGAAAGACCAAGAAGUGUGGGCUCGGGAAGAGACGCUCCAAAAUCUACAUUUUCCCAAAGCUUGUGCGGACGUUGAACAGUGGCCUUCACAUGAUAGUGAUCCUCUUCCUGCUAGUGGCUGUAGGCUUUGCACUGGUCAGCCUGUCUUUCUGUAUUUACAAUGCACGGAAAGUUCCCUACCAGAGCAUCAAAGGGCACAAAGGACUCUACCUGUGGAACUCCAUCGCUGCUUUUUUUGGUGCCCUGGCUAUGCUGUGUUUCCUGGCAGCCGUGAGGCAUCACAGUCUGACCGAGCGGGUGGCCAACUAUCGGGAGAACCUCUUUGUCCUUGAUGUCCUGGAUGACAGCCUGGACAUGUCCUUCUGGCUCGGUGUGGCCAGCAUUGUGACUCACUUUGCAGUCUGCGGAGUGGUUGCCAUGAGCCGGAUAAAGUUGCCCAAACCGGAGAUCAAGAAACCUGAAGAACCCACUAUCUCUUCUCUAGACCUGCUCUACUGA